CCUGCCACAUCAGCCAUAAACGAAAAUUAGGCUUCCAAGUCAGCAUCACUAAAUGACAAACUUUCCGGUUUUUUCUUUCAAAUCCCCUCAAAAAUAGCAACCCUUCGGCAAAAAAAAAGUAUAAUUGUUAAUUGUAACCGCUUAGAAGUUGCAAACCUGGGAGAAUAAAUUGUUAUUACAAAUUAGUAUGUCCCUCCAAUUUUUAUUCAUUCUUUGCUUCUGAAAAUAGGAUUUGAACCAGAGUUUUGUGUAGUACAUUGAGAAAGAAAGGACCCUUUAUCCAAAAUUUUAAAUUUGUUUUUGCGUUAAUUUUAUUUUUUUGUAUAUUUGUGGAUGUUCAAAAAUACUAUAGUACAAUGAUAUAAUAUAUCGAGUAUUUCAUUUAUAGUCGAAGUUUAUGGUUUAUAUCGUAUAAAUUAAUCAUUCUAAUUGUUUUGGUUGAGAGUUAGUUCAAAUAUAAUGUUUAAUAUCGAAUUACCAUAAGCUAAUAAAUAUUGCAUGUUUGGUUAGAAUAUUAGUCUACAUUAGAUUGAACUAUCAUAAACUACCAAAUUACAUGUAAAAAUUUCAAUACAUUUAAAUAAAUGUGCUACAAAUAUUAUAAAUUUUAUGUUUGCUGCCUGCCCAACGGGCAGGGUCUAAGCUAGUUAGUUAUUACCCUUUUCAUUUUCUCGGUCUACACACUUGUGUGCGCUGAAACUUCCUCCGAUUACUUAUUUCUAUAUUUAUUUCCCUUUUUCUAUUAUAUUCAUUGAUUUUCUCUUCAAUUCUAUCGAUCCGGCUUUCUAACACGUUGUUGUUUGGUUGGUGGAUGUUAGACCGCCCCGUCCCUCCGUCCGAAAAAGCCUUUUAUACAAAUCAACUACCCCAAGUAUCAAUUGGAGUUUGUUCUUACUGGUCUUCUUCUUGUUCUUCUUCCACUUCUUCCCUCCGUCGCGAAUUUCGGUGACGGAUCCGGCGGUUCAUGGCGGCCGCUAAGUUUCUGGUGUUCUCGCUCUUCCUCGCCCUACUUCUCUCCACUGCCUGGGCGGACGCCUCGGCCGACAGCGACGUCGAUGUCGCUGUGCCGGCGAGUCAAGUCACUGGAUCUACAGACCUCGAGUCCUCCGCUCUGAAGAUCGAACUCGACCAACUCACGUCCAAGAUCCAAUCCCUUGAGUCCCAGAUCGAUAAGAAGACAAGGGAAUUGAAGGAGAAAGAUGAGAAAUUAGCUGAGAAGGAGAAGCUCAUCAAAGAUAAAGCAGACAGCAUUGGAACCUUGCAGAGUGAAAUAUCAUCCCUUCAGGAAAAAGGGAAGUUGGAUGAUUCUGAACAGCUGAACAAGGCCAAUGAACGAGCUGCAGAUUUGCAGAAGCAGUUUGAUACACUUAGAAAUGAAUUUGAAGCACAAAAUGCUGAGAAAGAGGCUCUGGGGACCAAAGCUAGUGAGGCUGAAAGGAAGAUUGAUGAGCUGAACUCUAGGCUAAAAAAUCUUCAAAAGAUUAGUGAUGACCAAAAGAGCAAAAUCCGUAAAACAGAGCGUGCUCUUAAAGUGGCUGAGGAAGAAAUGCUGAAGGCAAAGGUGGAGGCCAGCUCGAGAACUAAAGAGUUGAUGGAGGUUCAUGGUGCCUGGCUUCCUCCAUGGCUUGCUGUGCAAUUAGUUCGUUUUCAGUCUUUGGCACAGAAACAUUGGAAUGACCAUGGCAAGCCUAGACUGGAAAUUGUAGUCCAAAAGGCCCAGGAGAACAAGAUUAAGGCAGCAAAGUGGGCUGAGCCACACCUGGAGACAGUUAAAACUAAAUGGAUCCCAACUGCGAAGGAUCAGUGGGUGGUGGUAACAACUCAGGUUAAACCACAUGUGCGGUCACUAAGUGCUAAAACUGUUGAAGCUUACGAGACCUCAAAGACUUCAAUUACAGCUCACUUAGUUCAAGUACAAGAGAUAGUGGACCCCUACUUUCAGGAAGCUAAGAAGUUUAGUAAGCCAUAUAUCGAUCAAGUUGCCACCAUUACCAAACCCCAUGUCGACAAAAUUCGGGUUGUCGUUAAACCAUACACAAAGAAAGUAGUUCGGGCAUAUGGGAAGUUCCUGAAGUCAGCUACUACCUAUCAUGAGCAGGUGCAAGGAACUGUUCAAGAUACCCUGAAAAGGCAUGAGUUGACAGAAGCUCUCGCAACUAAAGAAUUCGUCUGGUUUGUGGCAUCAGCAAUAUUAGCCCUGCCUAUCAUUCUCCUGUCCAGAGUCUUCUCAGCUGUUUUCUGCAAGAAAUCCAAGAGACCAACUAGAAGUGCCCAUUCUAGCCACUCCCGCCGGAAGGGUAAAAGGGUUCAUUCAGAAAAGUGAAAUGGCUGAAGGUCGCCUUUUGGUGCCUCCUGGCUCCUGUCAUGACACGUUCGAGGUGUGCUUGAUCAUAGUUAGUGCGCUGCUGUGAUGAUCAAUAAGCUACCGUUUUUGGUUCAUCUAACCCUUCUGACUUCCCGUCCUGCAGAUGUCACUAGCUCUCUUCCUGACUAGUUUUCGUUGUUCGGUGGAAAUCUUCGAGCUUGUGGGUGAAACUUCAAGAUCGUGACGAGGCUCUGGAUCUCCUUUAGUUUUUUAAUAAUGUUUGUUGCCAAUGCCAGUAUGUGAGAAAGUGUGUAGAAGAACGAACACCCCAGUUUCAACAACACAAUAGAUGCAGCAGAUCUUCUGUACCGAUAAGAUUUAGAGCGAUGUAUUUUAUGGGGGCUAGAGAUGUAGUUGUCAGUUGUCACACAUUGUAUUUCUUUGUUUUGCGCGGAUAGGUGGUAAUAUUUCAUUCACAAAGUUAAAAAUAGCUUUGCUUCAAUGUGUUGUGGUAACAUGACUUGUUAUGAGACGUCUUGUUUGUGUACACUUCCUUCGACAUGAAUGCCAAGAGGGAAGCAAAUAUUAUACCCGAAUGUACUUGCAGUUCGGUCUCGAUUAUACGAACCCUUUCGAUCCUUUACUGCAUCCACAUAGCUAGAGUUGUUAGCUAGAGAAGAAGGGCAGCCUGAUUCAGGUGUUCCUUCCAGCCAAGGGUUUCUUGCUGGGCUACUCCAAUUUCAAGGUAAAACUAUGAUGGAAAGUACAGCUUUGGAUCCAGAUUAGCAGUGAAGCAAGAACUCCCUCUCUCACUCACUCAAUGUUUGGUUACUGCUUCUGCCUGAUAAAUUUUACUUCUUUUCUGGAGUUGCCAAGCGUACUAAAAUUGAAGUUCUGAAUGAAAUAGGUUUGACCAAUAUAUCUUCAAGUUCAAG